AUGUCUUCACCACAAUUGGGCCAAUCAUCGGGUGUUGCUGUUGCUUCUCCCACAACAUUGCAAUCUCCCCGAUUUCUACAACAGCAAUCAAUGAUUACCUCUCCUAAACCUACUCUAUUUGAUUGGAUCAAGGAACAUUUAUUGUUCAUGAAUAAUUCAACUCCGUACAAGAUUAAUAUUUCAAAUAUGGGUAAAAGUAAUAGGAAACAACUUAAUUUUGAUAGAUUUCAAUUGGAAAUACCUGUAUUUUGUAUAGGGGAGUGCAGUUUGUCAAUUCAUUUGUUUUAUGAUGGAUCAAGACCUCAUUCUCCUUUUGAUUUUCAAAUAAUUUCGGAUUUGUCAUCAUCUUAUCUGCAGAAUUUCAUGAUUGACUCAUCAAAAUUGCAGAGUAUGAUUGAAUGGAGAGAUUUGUAUAUUAGAUAUUUGCAACAUCAUGAUGUUUCUAAAGAACUUUGUACAUUUACAUUUAGAACUAUUAGUGAAAUAAUAGAAUUUUUAACAGAAUACUACAAGCUUGUAAUUUCAAAACAUAAGAAUGAUAAUAUUAGAUUCGAAUUUGAUACUACUCAAAGUAUUGGAGGAGCUAAUUUUUAUAUUAAGGAAUUAUAUUCAAAUGAUGGAACAGAAUGCUCAACUGAGAAGAUUUACUUUCUAGUUCCACUUUCAAUUUCAGGCUUAGAAAAAAUUGAGGAAUAUCAAAGAUUAUUCGAUGUAAAUACUAUUCAAUUACCUGAUUCCAAACCAAAACUACUUGUCGUCUACUCCUAUGAUAAGUCAAGAGAUGUAAUUGUUAAUGUAAAUACAGAAAUUAUCUAUCCAACCAGUGUAAAGAACAGUAAGAGAUUACAAUGGUUGACACAAAUUCCAAUUCCAUCAUGGAAUCAAGGUAAAUCAUGUAUAAUUGAAUAUAUGUUAGAAGCUGUGGAAAAUAUUGAAUCUGAGGUUGAAAAGUACACUCAAAAACUCAAAGCUCGUCUAGAGUUUAUCAAACAAUUACUUGCUGCCUUUGGCAAUCCUACAGACUUUUCUGAGAAUGAAUCUCUUACUAAGAUUUCAUUUCUAAUGGAACGAGACAAGUUUCAAUUCUUCCUUCACAUUACACUUGAAAGAGAGGGUUUCCCAAUUGUGCAACCAGUGAUUAGAAUGCAAUCAACUCAAUACUUUAAAUCCUCGGAUAGAGUUAAAGAUAAAUUAUUGCCUGUUCGUGUUCGAGUACAACAAUUGAACUGGACAGAAGGAGGGAGUGCUGAAGUGAUGACAAAGAACGUUGAACAAAUCCGUAUUCAAGUUCUGGCCUUGUUGGGCGAAUUUAUCAAAGUUUGCCAAUCGGAAGGAACAAGCCAAUAA